AUGAAACAGAAAGAAGUGAUAGAAAUUUCUGACGAUACAUCUGAGGAAGAACCAGUAGUUAGUAAUCCAUAUGAAUUUUAUGGUAUUGACUUUACAGAAGAAGAGAGUUCCCGGUACUUCGAGAAUAUCAGAAAUUAUCGAUUAAUAUUGGAAAAAACUAAUAUCAAAUAG